AAGUAGGUCAGUGAUUAGAAGUUUAUUAUCGUUUAUACAAUAUCUCGGAUGGGUAGGAAGAAUUUUUAGAUCUCAAAUCAAUUUUUUGAUCGGACAAAAUGAUUGUUGAUCCUACUCAAGCUCAACCAAGAACAAGCAAGCUUUUUUAGAACCUAUAAAUUGAAAAUACUAAUAAUUUUCUGUUAGAAAACAUGAAUCAAACUCCAACUGGAAAGAAGAAAAGUCAUGUAUUAUUUUAUCUAUUUGGUGGCAAAAACUUUUGAUUCCAUUUCCUCUACCCAUGUUAAUCUCUUCCAUAAGCAAAUCGUUGGAGUAAACUUCUUAUCUAAGAACAGCUUCUCUUUACCUGAUCUGCCCAACCUUUUCUCACUUAUAUUUAUUUUGGCUUGGACUAACAAAGAAGACAGGAGUACAGACUGCAAUAAGAAGAUGCCAGGAGAUAAUUGUGUUGAGCGUCAAUUGUUUGGUGGUGCAAUUUCUACUUGUUUCCCUCAUAGAUUUCAGGAUGUUAGUGAUGUCCGCCAAGUUCCUGAUCAUCAAGAAGCCUAUGUAGACCCUGCAAGAGAUGAAAGCGUCGUAAUUGAGUUAUUAGAUUUGAAACAUGAUGUAGGAGAUAACGGUAAUGCUGUUUGGUUUCUACAAGACCUUGCUGGUGAACAAAACGCUGAAGGAACCACAGUGAUUGAGCAAUCAGGAGUUUUCACGGCAGAUGGAAUUCGGUACCCGAAGGCAGCGAUAGUGACAAGAGCAAUUGGGGAGAUGAAGAUUUCUAAGGGACGGCAAGGACCGGAAGCGCAGAAUCAUGUUAAGGUUUAUAUUGCGAAUUUGCGGCUCAAAGAAGUUGGAACUGAUGUUCUAAUUACUGCCUAUGAACCGUUUGUGAUAAAUCCCCUGAGUGAAAGUGCAAAUUCUGUUGGAGCUGGAUUGACUGCCCCUGCGGCGCAGUCUGGAUGUACACCGAUGUCUGAGGUUUUUAGACUUGUUGUUGCUGAAUUCAAAGUCCAUGACUGGAACCUUUUCGCUGCUUGAAGCUUGAAAGCGUUUGGAAUUUAGGAAACUGUAGAACUUAUUUUUCUUUUCUACCUUCAAUUUCUUAAAUUUCAUGGUAAUGCAAACAGUUCUCGAAUAAGCAUAGCCCAUUCAGAAGAAAUUGUAGAACCUAGUAUUUUAUUUUUAUUUUUUUGCCUUGCCAUUUAAGUUCUACGAAAUUAUAUUUGAACUUUUUAUUCUGGUA